AUGCAAGCCUUUCUCGGUCAAAUAGAUAUUCAAACUGAAAAGAACCAGGUCCUUGAAGUUUGGAUUGAGGAGGUACGGAAACUGGCAAAUCAUGUCGAGGACAUCAUGGAUGAGUAUUUCUAUCCCAUAGCUCAACAGCAAGGGAGCGGAUUGGGAGGUUUUGUCAAGAAAAUAUUUAAGGGAUCCCAAAAUUUGAUUGCCUGGCAUCAAAUUGCUGCACAAGUGAAAGAGUUAGAAACUAAUCUUCAGCACCUUUCACAGAUGAAGAAACGAUGGAUUAAGAUGACAGAGGGAGAAACGGGUAGUAGUUCAAAUUAUUCUGGUGAAAAGCAGCUGAAUUUAACGAACUCUUCUUAUUUUAUUGACGAGAAUGAGCUCGUGGGAAUUGACCGAAACAAAACAAAAAUAACUGACUGGCUUUCUGGUGAGGACCCAGCUAGAUGUGUAAUAUCCGUGUGCGGCAUGGGGGGGACUGGGCAAAACAACUCUAGUCGCCAGUGUAUACAAAAGUGA